AUGUCCUCCUUCUCCCUCCCCCAAUCCGGCCGCCUCCACCCCAAAGUCGCCCUCAUAACCGGCGGCGGCAUGGGUCUAGGCGAAGGCAUCGUCCGCAAAUUCGUGAUCGAAGGCGCUCGCGUCGUGAUUUUCGAGAUCGACGCCGCCGCUGGCGAACGCGUCGCGACUUCCCUGCCCAAAGACAGCGUAGCGCUGUAUGUCGGCGACGUCACGAAUGAAGCGCACUGGCUUGCCGCAGUAAAGAUGGCGGUGGAGACGUUUGGAGGAUUGGAUGUGGUGGUGAAUAAUGCUGGGGUGGUGCAUACUAGUGCUCCAUCGCACAAAGUCCCCCAAUCCGAAUACGACCGCAUAAUGACCACCAACAUCACACCCCUCUACCACUCCCUCGCUGCCGCCCGCCCCAUCUUCACCGCCCAGCACUCCGGCGUCUUCAUCAACAUCUCCUCCAUCUCCGCGCCUCGCCCUCGCCCCAAUCUCGUCUGGUACGCCGGCUCCAAAGGCGCCGUAUCCGCCAUCACGAAAGGUCUCGCGGCCGAACUUGCUCCUUUCAACGUUCGGUGUAAUGCGAUUUGUCCAGUGUUGGCGGAUACGGGGAUGGUGGUUCCGGUGUUGGGAGGUAUGGACUCGGCGGAGGGACGGGCGGUGGUGACGAAGGGGAUUCCGUUGGGGAGGAUUUGUCGACCGGAGGAUGUGGGGAAUGCGGCGGCUUGGUUGGCGAGUGAGGAGGCGGGGUUUAUCACGGGGAUUGAGUUGCCGGUUGAUGGGGGGAGGGCGUUGAUGUGA